AUGAACCGAUCCCAAGUCGCGUUCGUCGUCUCUUUCUUCUCGACCUCCAUCAUCCUCUUCACCCUCUCGCAGUUUGUGCGCAAGCAGCUCGCAGACGCAGGAUAUCAUAUCUCAGAUAUUAUCCUCUACGGCCUCAACACCACAGACUACAAUCGAGCGGACGAAGUAACCGGAGAAUCUUCCUGGGGCCUCAUGGACGACCUCAAACACAUUCUCACUCCCCAGGCCUUCGCUCUCACCCUUGCUGUCAUCACCACCGUGUUUCUCUACGUCAAGGUAGCACAUAGACGCCGAAAACCCGUGCUCAACCCACAGGCAUGGCAAGAGUUUCCCCUCAAAGAGAAGAUUGUCAUUUCCCCAAACACUGCCAUUUACCGAUUUGCCCUUCCCCAUCCCCAGGAUGUAUUGGGCCUCCCAAUUGGCCAGCACAUAUCCGUGUCUGCCGAAAUAAAUGGCAAGGACAUCAUGCGAUCUUAUACCCCUACGUCGUCAGACGAUGAUCUCGGUCACUUCGACUUGCUCAUCAAGUCGUAUGAGAAGGGUAAUAUCUCCCGCAUGUUUUCCCUCCUCAAGUUGGGCGACAAAGUCCGCAUCAAGGGACCUAAAGGCCAAUUCAACUACUCUCCGACCCUCGCCACAUCAAUUGGCAUGAUCGCCGGCGGUACCGGCAUAACGCCCAUGCUCCAGAUCAUUCGAGCUUCCUUGAAAAACCCCAUGGACAAGACUAAACUCUCACUCAUCUACGCUAAUGUUAAUUUCGAGGAUAUCCUACUGAAGAAGGAACUCGACGAGCUUGUCGAUGUUAAUCCGGACAGAUUUACGGUCUACUACGUACUCAACAACGCUCCUGAGGGCUGGAAGGGAGGUGUUGGCUUCGUCGCCAAGGACCAAAUCCAGACCUAUCUUCCGCCAACCGCGGAUGACGUUAAGAUUCUCAUGUGUGGCCCACCACCAAUGAUGAACGCCAUGAAAAAGCAUCUUGAAGAACUCAAGUACCCUGCCCCAAGAACCGUUAGUAAACUUGUGGACCAGGAUGUGUAUCCACGAUCUACAUGGAACGGCCUCUUGAUCGACGGGGCUCAAGUGCAGUGCGGUCUGCAUAUCGGAACCCUACUACCAACAGGGUACCAGAUCAACCCCGUGUUGGCUAACAAUCCGAAAUCCAAAGGCUUCGGAGCUUUGCGCGCCUCCACCUUACCGCCAGAAUAG